UCCUACGGGCGGGUGCACUACAUCCCGGGCGGCCUCCGAUUGCUCCGCCCGAGGGCCGACUUCCCCUCCCUCUUUCCGUCCGUCCCUCCCUUCUUCCCUUCCUCCUUCCCUCCUGCCUGCUGGCACUGGGCUCGCUGAGCCUCUUCUCUUGGGGCCUUCUUCCCUUUGGCCUGCGUCUCAUCCCGCACAACUCGGGGAUUGUGCCAUUCGGUGUUGAAUGUUCCCCUCCGAGAGCGCAUGGCUGAGGAAGCGAGGCGAGGGCCGGGUCCCCGAAGGGCCACCGUCCAGGAGGCGGUGAUGCUGCUGCUGUGCCUGGGGGUCCCCACCGGGCGCUCCUACAACGUGGACACUGAGAGCGCGCUACUUUACCAAGGCACCGCCAACACCCUUUUCGGCUACUCGGUGGUGCUGCACAGCCACGGGCCGAACCGAUGGCUCAUCGUGGGGGCUCCCACCGCCAGCUGGCUCUCCAACGCUUCGGUGGUCAGUCCGGGGGCGAUUUACAGAUGCCGAAUCGGAAAGAAUCCAAACCGGACUUGCGAACAGCUCCAGUUAGGUAGCCCUGGUGGAGAACCUUGUGGAAAGACUUGUUUGGGAGAAAGAGACAAUCAGUGGUUGGGAGUCACGCUUUCCAGACAGCCAGGAGAAAAUGGAUCCAUCGUGACUUGUGGGCAUAGAUGGAAAAAUAUAUUUUAUAUAAAGAAUGAAAAUAAGCUCCCCACGGGUGUUUGUUAUGGAAUGCCUUCUGAUUUACGGGCAGAACUGAGCAAAAGGAUCGCUCCAUGUUAUCAAGAUUUUGUGAAAAAGUUUGGAGAAAAUUUUGCAUCAUGUCAAGCUGGAAUAUCUAGUUUUUACACAGAGGAUUUAAUUGUGAUGGGAGCUCCAGGAUCAUCUUACUGGACUGGCUCUAUUUUUGUCUACAAUAUAACUACAAAUACAUAUAAGGCUUAUUUAGACACAAACAAUCAAGUAAAAUUUGGAAGUUACUUAGGGUACUCAGUAGGAGCCGGUCAUUUUCGGAGUAGGGACACUACCGAAGUAGUUGGAGGAGCUCCUCAACAUGAACAGAUUGGAAAAGCAUACAUAUUCAGCAUUGAUGAAAAAGGACUAAGUAUCUUAUAUGAAAUGAAAGGUAAAAAGCUUGGCUCUUAUUUUGGCGCUUCUGUCUGUGCGGUGGACCUCAACGCAGAUGGCUUCUCCGACCUUCUCGUGGGGGCUCCUAUGCAGAGCAUCAUCAGAGAAGAAGGAAGAGUGUUCGUGUACAUCAACCCCGGCUGGGGAGCAGCAAUGAAUGAAAUGGAGACAGAGCUUGUUGGAAGUGACAAAUAUGCUGCACGAUUUGGGGAGUCUAUAGUUAAUCUUGGUGACAUUGAUAAUGAUGGCUUUGAAGAUGUUGCUGUCGGAGCUCCACAAGAAGAUGACUUGCGAGGCGCUAUUUAUAUUUACAAUGGCCGAGCAGAUGGGAUCUUACCAACCUUCUCCCAGAGAAUUGAAGGGCUUGAAAUCAGCAGAUCCUUAAGUAUGUUUGGACAGUCUAUAUCUGGGCAGAUUGAUGCAGAUAAUAAUGGGUAUGCAGAUGUAGCAGUCGGUGCUUUUCGGUCUGAUUCUGUGGUGUUGCUAAGGACAAGACCUGUACUGAUUGUUGAAGCUUCUUUAAACCAUCCUGAGUCAGUAAAUAGAACAAAUUUAGACUGUUUUGAAAAUGGAUUGCCUUCUGUGUGCAUGGAGCUAACACUCUGUUUCUCAUACAAGGGCAAAGAGGUUCCAGGUUAUAUUGUCUUGUACUACAACAUGAGUUUGGAUGUGAACAGAAAGGCAGAGUCUCCAUCGAGGUUUUACUUUUCUUCCAAUGGAACUCCUGAUGUGGUCACAGGAAGCAUGCAAGUAUCCAGCACAGAAGCUAGCUGUAGAACACAUGAAGCAUUUAUGCGGAAAGAUGUGCGAGACAUCCUCACCCCAAUCCAGAUUGAAGCUGCUUACCACCUUGGGCAUCAUUAUAUCAACAGACGAACAGCAGAGGAAUUCCCACCACUUCAGCCAAUUCUUCAGCAGAAGAAAGAAAAAAACAGAAUUGAAAAAACAAUACCCUUUGCAAGGUUUUGUGCCCAUGAAAACUGUUCCGCUGAUCUACAAGUUUCUGCUAAAUUUGGAUUUUUGAAGCCUCAUGAGAAUAAAACCUACCUCGCUGUUGGAAGCAUGAAGACGUUAACGCUGAAUGUAUCCCUGUUUAAUGCUGGAGACGAUGCGUAUGAGACCACCCUGCAUGUCAGACUGCCCACUGGUCUUUACUUCAUUAAGAUUUUAGACCUGGAAGAGCAGCAAAUACACUGUGAAGUAACAGACAGCUCUGGCACAGUAAAACUGGACUGCAAUGUCGGUUAUAUAUAUGUAGAUCGUCUUUCAAGGGUAAAUGUUACCUUUCUCCUGGAUGCAAGCUCCCUCAGCAGAGCAGAAGAGGACCUCAACAUCACAGUGCAUGCCGCCUGUGAAAACGAAGGGCAAAUGGGCCAUCAGAAAGGUAACAGAGUGACUUUGGCAGUACCUCUGAGGUAUGACAUCAUGCUAAAUGCUCAUGGGCUUGUAAACCCAACUUCAUUUGUGUAUGGAUCAAAUGAGGACUCUGAGCCUGAAACGUGUAUGGCAGAGAAAGUGAACUUCACUUUCCACGUCGUCAACAGUGGCCAUAGCAUGGCUCCAAACAUUAGUAUGGAAAUUAUGGUACCAAAUUCUUUUAUCCCCCGAACUGAUAAGUUGUUCAACAUUUUGGAUGUCCAGACUACUACAGGGGAAUGCCAUUUUGAAAAUUAUCAAAGAAAAUGUACCUCAGAUCAGGAAAAAGGUGCAAUGAGGACCCUAACAGAUAUAUUUACAUUCUUGUCAAAGACCGAUAAGAGGUUAUUGUUCUGUGUGGAACAUGAUCCACAUUGUUUAAAUUUCUUCUGCAAUUUUGGGAAGAUGGAAAGUGGAAAAGAAGCCAGCGUUCACAUUCAGCUGGAAGGCCGGCCAGCCCUCUUAGAAAUGGAUGAGACUUCAGCACUCAAGUUUGAAAUAAGAGCGAAAGCUUUUCCAGAGCCAAAUCCAAAAGUUACUGAACUACACAACAAUGAGAAUGUUGCACAUGUUUUGUUGGAAGGAUUACAUCAUCAAAGACCCAAACGCCAUUUCACUAUAGCGACUAUUUCAAUUAGCUUGCUGAUUGGACUUAUUUUACUUUUAUUGAUUUCAUAUGUUAUGUGGAAGGUUGGCUUCUUUAAGAGAGAGUACAAAUCCAUCCUACAAGAAGAAAACAGAAGACACAGUUGGAAUUACAUUAACAGUAAAAAUGAUGGUGGUGGUGGUGGUGGUGAUGAUGAUGAUGAUGAUGAUUAAAGACUUCAUUCAAAUUGGAGAAUAAGACUCAGGUAUAAUAAAGAUAUUUAAGACAUUGUUUACAAGAAACCAUGAACUUUGCUCAGUGGGCUUUCAAGCACUUCUUUUACUCAUAACCUUGUGACAUACUACGUCUUAAGGCAAAUGAAAAAUCCAAGAAAUGAUAUUCUAUCAGCUCUUAAAGACAGCAAAAACACUAAAACAUUCAAUUUAUUCAAGAUAAAUAAUCCUUUGAAGAUAUCGGGAAAUGAAAGUGCAUCUGAAUUAAAUCCUAUUGAGGACAUAAACACAACUGGAGAAAUCUUGGACUUGAACUAUACCUUUAAAGGAAUAGGUAAUAAUUCAUUUCUAACAGAUCUUUGGGACUCAUUUGAAAUAUGUUCUUUAAAAAUAGCAGAAUUUUUCAAAGAGCUGUUUCUGAAUUUCCUAAUGAACAUGAGUCAUUGUCAUUUUAAAGCAUAUUUCACCUUUAAGACCUUUGUAAUACAUUUCCUAUGAGCUUUGAUCCACAACCACUCAGCACUCUGAUUGUUCUGGGCCCAAAGGGCUGACUUCAGACUGAACUUUUAUACACUGGUUUGAGCUGAAUUAGGUGACUUUUGGAUAAUUGUUUAUAGAGCUAUGGAUAAUUACUGUUUAUACAGCUAUGGAUUUCUUUCUUCUUUCUGUAUAUACCUAACUUUAAAAAACUGUAUAUUUAUACGGACACAAAUUCAUGCAUUCUCCUGUAACAAUUUUUCCAAGGGCACCCGAGUAAGUUAAAAAUCCAUCAUUAGUCAAAUUUUUUGUUUAUAAAAACUGCAGUACUUACGAAUUCUAAUUUAUAUUCUGAAAGAGAUAGUGAUGGUUGCACUUUAGAUGAUAGAUGAUAUUUGAAGUGUAAAUACACUGAUAAUGUAAAAUAUAAAAACUAUACCUCACACAUUUUUUUUUAAACCAAAGCUCUGCAGAAAUAAGGAGUAAGGGGAAAUAUUUCAUACAAAUACACUCUAAAAUACUAAUAUUACUCUUUAUUCAAGUAUAAGUAAACAUUACAUGUGUUUUCAUCAGUUGUAUAAGAGCAUUCUCUUCUGCAUGGAAUUGGGGGAACAAAAUCCAGAAAUUUAACACAGGUUUAGUUUGUAUCCAGUGACUAUCAAAGUAACAUCAAAAUUUCCAUGAUAUGUGCUUUAGUGGUAAAUGAAAUAUUUUAAAUAAUUUCUCUUUAAAGUCCUCUACAUUUGCAAAUAUAAUCUUUCUGUAAUAUUUAUUCAUGCAUAUGAACUAGAUGCUGACUGUAGAAUAUAAUUUCAUCUGAACUUCCUAUAAUUAUAGGAAUAUAUAAUUAUUUCAGCUGAAGCUUCCUGUAAUUAUAUGUAUAUGAAGUUUGUGACCAAAUUUUGAAAAUCUGUUAUAGGAUGUGAUCAAAUAGAUAAAUUAGAGGUCGGUCUUACUAUUAUGAGAACUAUUUCUUUAUAUGAAGUCCCUGCCAACAGCUGACUUCCUCAGACUGCCUAGUCCCUAUAAAAUAUCCAUCGCCAGUCUGUGACUGGCAGACAGACUUGUAAAGGCAGUUGACGGGAAAGCCCAGUCAUCACAACAGGCGUGAAACCUGCUGAAGUCUGUGUGCUGUAGAAAUGAAUUACAUUUAUGGAAUAUUUUAAAGUAUACGUUUAUCAGAAGCUACCAUUUUUUUCCACUAUAGAAAGCCAAGUAGUUCAGGAGGAUGUCUAGACUCAGUAGCAGAAAAUCAAACCCAAAUUUAGAAUUUCACUCAAGGAUAAUACCGGAGGAAAUUUAAAUUUGGCUGUCUUCUAUUCAGGAAUGACAGCAUUUCAGGUAUCACCGAAUCCACUGAAAACCAUGUGUUUUCACCACUGCCCGAAGACAUUGCUUUCAGGAGCACGGGAAACGGCACAGCUCCCUACUGGGCCACAUUCUGCCCAGUUAGAUAUUUUGCAUAGUUUAAUUUGUUUUAAACUUUAAUGUUAGCUGUAUUAUGAAUUUUAAAACCCUACCACUUUAAGAAAAAUCAAGUUGUCAACUUGCAGAGAAUAUUCACAAAAUUGGUACCAUAACAACUUAAAAAAAGAGAAAGGGUUCUUUUUAGUAACAUCAAAAAUAACAAAUUUAAUUUCUUUAAAAAAUAAGAGUUUUUUUCCCCUCUUAGGAUAAUCUGUUUAAAACAUGACCAUAUCCCUUCAUAUUAAAAUUCUAGUUCAUACAUUUCUGUUAUAAACAAUUACAUGUUACUUUGGCAUCAUUCAUUUCUUCCGUGCUUUCUCCAUAAAGAUCAAUAAGUCUUGGGUGCAAUCUAUAAGGAAUAAAAUAUAUGUAAUUGUAAAUUAUCAACCUCUCAUUCUGUUAUUUUUCACAUACACACAACUGAGUAUGGGGCACAAUACCAAACACAAAUCUAAUGAGAGCUGACAAACAUACACAUUCAUUGCAAAGCUAUAAAUCUAGAAAACCUGAGGCAGGGUGCCACAUUAGCACAGAAACCAUUCUAAAGCCUUCGUAACUGAUUUCCUUGACUAAUAUCCCCCAUUUUUCUGUGAAAGCCAGUCAAUUGUGCCUACAGAAAGCUCACAUCUAGUGGGCUACUCAGGGUGCCCCUGCACACUACCUGUUGAGUCAUAAAGCUUACCAAGAAUGACUUUGCAUGUUCUUAAAUCUUUCUAUACCAAUUGUGAUUGUUACUUAAUAAAGUGAUAUGUAAAAUUCUUCCUAUGUAAAGUAAAAGUGAACUGCUGAACAUAAAACUGUUACAGUAUUAUUGGUGAAAGGACAUUUCAAAAGACUAAUUGAUUAAAUUGUAACAAUCUGCUACUCA